AUGGUGCAGUGGCUUCUGCAGUUGUCACAACGCUCCCAACGUCGCCGCGGCCGUGGCUUCCUCAGCCCCCGAAUCCACUCCUCCUCAGUCCCCACACGCCCCACAGCCUCCGGAUCCACCCCACCCGACUGGGAUAAAACCGGCAUAACCGCUACCUCUUCUUUCUCCACCGAGUGGGUUGAGGUCCUCAUUUAAGUUUGCAUUGUGGUUGAGGUUCCUGUGGAUCUUGCUAUCAUUAUUGUCCAAAGUACCACCAUCAUCACCGUACCCACAACCAUCAAGACAUCUCUCGUGCAUAUGCCUCUUCUCAAAGAAGUUAGUGUCUUCGAAAGCGAUAUUGUGGUUGGCGUUGAAAUCGGUGUUGUCGCUGUUGCCGGACCCAGACUCACCGCCGGAACUGCCGCCGCCGCCGCAGCAGCCAGCACUGCCGAAAAGGCCAGGGCCACCUCCGGAGAAUCUACUGCCGGUAAGGCCAGCCGACAAGUUACGAAAUUUAAGAUUGAAUGGUUCCGAAACAUCCCCUAACGAGAGAAAAAAAGGUGCUGCUCUAUCCUCACGUCAACAAGGGUUUGCGUGUAGCUAUCGUGGAGAGAACCAUCACUCAAGUUCUUCUUCCUACCGGUUAUAGGAGGCAUGAAAGAGGUGGCGAUAGAAGGGUCGAGGGAAACCAGGCACAGGAUGCGGUGCGGUGCUAGUAAAAAUUGCGUCGGAUAGUGCCGGGAUCGAUGCAACUCUCACUCGAUGCCCUUGCAGGUGAAAAAGAAGCCUUUCUGCCAAGUUCAGGGAUCGGAGGCAGUUUCCGAUGCAUGUCUUAUACCGGUGUUGGGAAAACCAUACCGGUACUAUGAUACUCCGUAUACCAGAGUUCUGGGGAUAAUCAUCUUGCUUAGUAAUACAAGUUGACGGUUGUUUUGUUUAGGUUAGAUACCAGUUGAACUGCGUUCUUGGCAAUAUUAACUUGCAUUUUGGCAAUUUAACAGCUAACAACUGGAUGGGACAAUUGGGUUUGAGUAUCAUACACCUAACUUUAAACCCCUAUGGAUCACUUAGAAGUUAAUACUUUUUAAAAAAACUUUCUAUUAGCUGACUCUCCUGCUUCUUCUCUGUCGAAUGAUAUAGAGAAACGAAACUAAGGCUGUUGUGGAACCUUGGCAGUCUGAAGUUGGGGGGUUUCUCGGGACCGAAGUGCUCCGGUUAAAGAAUUCCCCCACCAUACCUGUACAGUACUGUACAGUAUCGGUACUGAAAAACGAAAUCGCGGGUCCCCAAUCUAUUUCACACAAAAGGGUUACUUAUUACCACAAAAGCAACACCUUACUUCCAGAGUACCCCAAUAUGUAGGGGUUCAACUCUUUCUUAUCACAAAGAAGUAUGCAAAGGUAAAGGU